AUGAAGUUCAAGUCACCAGAGCUUCCAGCAAACCCGACACCCGAGCAGUGGCGAUGGUGGAGAAAGUGCUUCACCGAUGGACUGGCUAUCAAUGACAUUACCGAUGAUGGUCAUCAACUCAUCCAUCUACGUACUCAGGCCGGUUCAGAUUUGUUUUCUCUUCUAGAAGAAGCAACUACACUAAAUGAAGGUUUGACCAUUCUUGAUCGCCAGUUUAAGAAACCGACAAGAGUCCUGUACGAAAGGCAUCAAUUGCUGACAUGUCGACAGAAGCACGGUGAGUGCGUAACCGAUUUUGUUAAACGCUUGAAGGUAGCAGUUCAAAAGUGCGAAUGCAAGGAGAUGACUGCUAAACAACAUCAAGAUGCUCGUCUCAGAGAUGCUUUAGUUUCUGGCGUCGAAUCAGAUAUGAUCCGGGUGCGUUUGCUCGAGCUUAAAGAUGCUGAGGCGACGUUGGAGCACUGCAUAUCAGUAGCAUGUGCAGAAGAAGUUUCAAACGAGUUUUCACGUCAGUUCAAAACUGACAACAACGAAGCGACCCCAUCACUUGCCUACGCAGAGGUCGAGGAAGAAAACAGCGAAGUACUCAAUGCGGUUCGUAACAGCAACAAGCCUGCUCAAAAGUAUAAACAAAGCACUGCGUCCGGGCGUAGAGGGUCUAGCUGUCAGUUCUGUGGGUUGAAUGGCAACCACUUGCAUAGAAACUGCCCGGCCCGAAAUGAUUCUUGUCAUAAAUGUGGCAAAGCAGGUCAUUGGGCAGCAGCUUGUAAAUCAACUACGGGCCCAAAUGACAAUAGAAGUGACAAAGACAAAGGCGUGAAUGCUGUUUUGUGUUCUUUGUCGUCCGAGACUGCUUUCUUCGAUGAAGUUUUUGUUCGGAGUAAACAUAAAGUUAAAUCAUUAAUAGAUACUGGUGCUACUGGGUCUUUCGUAUGCUCAUCUGUUAUCGAGCAGUUGAACUUGCCGAUGUCUUCUCAGGUCUCGAAUACUAUGAUGGCAAAUCGAACCAGUUUGGAGUGUGUGGGAUUUUCGACAGUUCCUGUUGAAAUUCAAGGCCACAAGUAUACUGUCACUUUCAAGGUAGUUGAUCGUUUGGUUGCUGACAUGAUCAUAGGGACUGAUGUUUUAGGCGAACAUACAACUAUCGAAUUCAAACCAGGCGGCCACAGACAGCCAAUCAGUUUCACAAAACCUUCAGGUUCGCAGUCAGUCGUAUCCAUGCUAUCAGCCAUGUUUCCAGCGCUUCAAGUAGAGCCACCAACUCUUUUCUCUGAAAGAACACUCAAGGUAGCCGAGCCUGUCCGAACGAAGUCACGUUUCUCAUCACGAUCGGAUCGUGAUUUUAUGGACAAGGAAGUAGAAAGACUCUUGGAGUCAGGAAUAAAUGAAGUGUCGCAUUCACCAUGGCGUGCGCAGGCUUUCGUUGUUAAAGGCAACAAUCGCAAGCCCAGAAUGGCCGACAUUGCCAAAUCUUCGCUUGUCAUACCUCAGAGCAAUGGAACUCCAAUCAGAAUAGAAACGGAUGCCUCUGGUUCUGCUAUAGGAGCAUCAUUUGCGCAGAAUGACAGGCCGAUUGCGUAUUUUUCGCGUACUUUAUCUAACGCUGAACAGAAGCAGUCCGCAGUCGAACUUGAAGCGAUGGCAGUUGUGGAAGCUUUCCAAAAAUGGGAACAGUUUAUACGAUCUUAUCCAACAGUACGAUUUCCUAACGGAAGGACUGAUACAGUGACUACUUCUUCGUUGGCCCCUGGAGUGGGUGUUCCUCCGGUACAAGAUGAGUCACGUAUGCCUGCUAUUGGUUCUCAAGUCUCCGAACCUUCAGAUCAACCGGUGGAAGUAGAUGGUGAACAAAUGGAUAUUAAUGAGCCGAACCCUCCGAAUGAAGUAUCUGAUACAAACACGUCUGAACCCACGGGAACGACCGGAGAAUUCGAUGAAACAAUCAACAGUCAAAAAAACGAUGUGCGAGUACCAAGCGAGCAAUGCGAAAUGAAGAUCUGA